AUGCCACAAUAUUCAGUGAAGAGUACGUCUGCUGCCGCUCCUCCCACUCCUGAAUCUCAAGAACGUUUGAAUGAAAAUGCAGUGCAAUGGUUAUUUCAUGGUUGUGUUGUUGCUGCUCAAAGUAUACAAGAUGAAUGUUUUAAUCGAAGUUAUGGUAGACGACAAGGUAAGCUGCUUAGUGCUGGAACAUAUUUUACUAGAAAUGCAGCAUCCAGUCAUGCUUAUGCUACAACAGAUCGUGAAGCUUUGCAUAGAAUAUGUUUAGUACGUGUAUUAAUUGGUAAUUGGCAUAUCAUAAUCACACGAAACAUGGCUGGUUUGUUUGGUAAUAUUGGUGCUGCAUUUGUUGAUAAUGCUGCUGAUCGUCUUGUUGAUAACUUCAUACCAGGCAAUGGGUAUUUUAAUAGUGUAGCAACAACUGGUGUUAACCAGUAUUUGAAUAAUGAAAUUAAUUCCAAUUUCUUUCCUGGUGCACUAGGUGGUGGUUAUGGUGGAUAUGGUAGUGGUUUUGGUUAUGGAGGAGGUUAUGGAGGUUACGGAGGAGAUUAUGAGAGCAUCUGUAAAGGACAUUAG